AUGACGACGGUCUUGGCCAACGUCUUUAUCUACGAGCCGUCUUCUUGGCUGAGCGUGGUGUUCGUGCUGUGCUUCGCCCUCUUCAUCUACGGCUUCAUCGGGCUCACGACCAUCCCGUCGGCCCCGCGCGGCACGAUUUCGGGCUUCCUGGGCAUGGUGAUCGCGAUCGUGGCGACGUACCUGUGGUUCAACCUCGAGGUCGCGGACGUCGACCUGGCGCCGGAGGUGGUCCCCUCGGCGGCCUACUGGGUGCUGCCCAUCUGCAUCGUGGGCGGCGGCGCGAUCGGCGUGGCGCUGGCGGCGACGGUCAAGAUGACGGGCAUGCCGCAGCUGGUCGGGCUGCUGAACGCGUUCGGCGGCCUCGCGUCGGCGAUCGAGGCCAUCGCGCUGUACGUCGACCCCAUCGCCGAGGUGGGCCUCGAGCCGGGGGAGUCGCGGCUGCAGCUGGGCUUCCUGCUCUUCACGGUCUGGGUGGGCAUGAUCACCUUCACGGGCUCGCUCAUCGCGGUCGGGAAGCUCUCCGAGAAGAUCAAGGGCUCGGUGCUCCCCAUCGGCCUCCUGCGCUUCCUCAUCAUCACGCUGCAGCUCGCGUCCGUGGCGCUCAUGCUCGUGACGGGCCUCUCCGGGUACGGCAUCGAGUACCCGUCGGACCCCACGGACCCCACGCUGGAGGGCAUCUUCGGCCCGAAGGCGGAGCAGGUCAUCGACGCCGGGCGCGGGGGGUCCAUCGGGCUGGUCCUGGCGCUCACGGGCGUGUCGUCGCUCCUCGGCGUGGUCAGCGUGCUCCCGAUCGGCGGCGCGGACAUGCCCGUGGUGAUCUCCGUGCUGAACUCGCUCUCGGGCGUGUCGGGCUGCACGGCGGGCUUCAUGAUUGCCAACAACCUGCUCAUCAUCGCCGGGGCCAUCGUCGCGUCCUCCGGCGCCAUCCUCUCGUACGUCAUGUGCAAGGCCAUGAACCGCUCGAUCACCAACGUGCUCAUGGGCGGCUUCGGGCAGGGCUCGGGCGGCAAGGCCGCGGCCAAGGCGGAGGGCCCCGUGGAGCAGAAGACGGCCAACCCCGUCGAGCUGGACGAGCUGACCGACAUCCUGCUGCGCGCGCACUCGGUGAUCAUCACGCCCGGGUACGGCAUGGCCGUCUCGCGCGCGCAGCACGCGGUGCAGGAGAUGACGUCGCUCCUGCGCGCCAACGGGUGCAACGUGCGCUUCGGCGUGCACCCCGUCGCGGGCCGCCUGCCGGGGCACAUGAACGUGCUGCUCGCGGAGGCCAAGGUGCCGUACGACAUCGUGCUCGAGAUGGACGAGAUCAACUCGGACUUCGAGGAGACGGACGUGGUGCUGGUCAUCGGCGCCAACGACACGGUCAACCCCGCCGCGGAGACGGACCCGACCUCGUCGAUCGCCGGCAUGCCCGUGCUGCGCGUGUGGGGCGCCAAGACCGUCGUCGUGCUCAAGCGCUCCCUCGCGCAGGGCUACGCCGCCGUCGAGAACCCGCUCUUCUUCAACGACAACACGCGCAUGUUCUUCGGCGACGCCAAGAAGAACUGCGACGCCCUCGUCAAGCAGCUCGGCGAGAAGAACCCCGCCGCGCUCAAGGCCGCGGGCGCCCAGAACGGCGACGCCGCCGCGCCCAAGAAGAAGACCUCGCCCGACCUGUUUGAGUUCCAGGAGCCCAAGCGCCCGGGCGCCGGGGAGGGCAUCGGCGCCGGGAAGACCAUCGGCGUGGUCAAGGAGCGCGAGCCCGAGGUCCGCGUGGCCAUCACGCCGCAGAUCGCCGCCCGCUUCGCCGAGUGGGGCUUCGACGUGGUGGUGCAGUCGGGCGCGGGCCUGGCCGCCUCGCGCGCGGCCUUCACCGACGCCGCGUACCAGCGCGCGGGCGCCACGGUCGUCCCGGACGCGCGCGGCGUGUACGACAAGGCCGACAUCGUCAUGGGCGUCGCGCGCCCGCGCCCCGAGGACGUGCGCAUGGGCCGCAACGGGCAGGUGGUGGUGUCGUACGUGGGGCCCAACGGGGACUUCAACAACAAGGACGCGGCCACGGGGCUCAUCCAGGCGGCGGUGGACUCGGGCGUGACGCUGCUGUCGAUGGACCUGGUGCCGCGCACCACCAUCGCGCAGCGCCUGGACUCGCUGUCGUCGGUGGGCAAGCUGGCGGGGCACCGCGCGAUCAUCGAGGCGGCGUUCGAGUUCGACCGCUUCCUGGCGCCGGAGAUCACGGCCGCGGGCAAGUACCCGCCGGCGAAGAUCCUCGUGCUGGGCGCGGGCGUGGCGGGCCUGGCCGCGGCGGGCCUGGGCGUGGCCCUGGGCGCCGAGGUGCGGUGCUUCGACACGCGCGUGGAGACGAAGGACCAGGUCAAGUCGAUGGGCGCGGAGUUCAUCACGGUCGAGUUCGAGGAGGACGGCGCGGGCGAGGGCGGGUACGCCAAGGUCAUGUCGGAGGAGUACUACCAGAAGGAGCUGGAGCUGUUCGAGCAGCAGUGCACGGAGGUGGACAUCGUGGUCACCACCGCGCAGAUCCCCGGGCGGCCCGCGCCGAUGCUGAUCAACAAGCAGGCCGUGGCCAACCUCAAGCCCGGGUCGGUCAUCGUGGACAUCGCCGCCAUGUCGGGCGGGAACUGCGAGGAGACGCGCCCGGGCGAGAAGUACAUCACGCCCAACGGCGUCAAGAUCCUCGGCUACACCGACCUCCCCGGCCGCCUCGCGCCCCAGGCCUCGGCCAUGUACGCCGCCAACCUGUACCGCCUCAUCGAGCACAUGUCCAAGGGCGGGAAGAAGGCCUGGGCCGUCGACACCGACGACGCCACCAUCCGCCCCAUGAUGAUCUCCCACAUGGGGCAGAAGAUGUGGCCGUACAAGGCGCCCGGCGGGCCCCCGCCGCCGCCCAAGGCCGCCGCCAAGACUGCGGCGCCUGUCAAGGAGGAGGGCCCCUCGAACUACGACCUGUACUGGCUGGGCAUGUCGCCGGAGAUGUGGCUCGCGUUCUGCGUGGGCAUCGCGGUGUUCGCGCUCAUCGCCGCGUUCUUCCCCACGUCGUUCGCCGAGCAGCUCGCCAUCUUCGUGCUGGCCUGCGUCGGGGGCUACCACAUCAUCUGGGGCGUCACGCCCUCGCUGCACACCCCGCUCAUGUCCGUGUCGAACGCCGUGUCCGGCGUCGUCAUCCUCGGCGGCAUGCUCCUGCUCGUUGCCGGCGACAAGAGCGGCACCUUCGUGCUCGGCUCGGUCGCCACGUCGGUCGCGGCGAUCAACGUGUUCGGCGGGUUCGCCGUCACGUGGAGGAUGCUCUCUAUGUUCAAGAAGUGA